GGCUGAAAAACAGAGAGUGAAGUAAAUAAAGAAUUCAAGAAAGACAGUACAGUGACGCAGUGCUUCUCUGUCUACUGUAGGUGUACGAAUUCUGUGGAGGCAGCGUGAUACAAGGACUAUACAUUUCCUGUCUCCUAUCAGCCGGAUUUACUCCGAAAAGGGCAUCAAUCACCAUUGGACCAUAUACUUCUCCACAAUAUUGCAGCCACUAAAGGUGGACUUUUAACAAGUGCAGUGACAAUGCAGGAGCAUCUCUCAGUCCAGCAGAUGGGCACCAGGAGCACAAAGUUCUCCUAGUAGUGAGGUUUGUCCUGGGCCUCGUCCGGACUACCAUGACUGACCUCCUGGCCAACCUGAGUGUUCCAUGGGGCACACAGGCGAUUGUGUGCCCCAACCUGACAGCAGCAGCCAUGGUUGUGCCGGGGUCAGGCAAGUCUCUGGCCCCCUUCUGCACCUUCUGCUGCUGUGGCCUGCUGAACCGUACCCUGGCCGCGGUGUUUAUGGUCAGUCUGGCCUUCGCCAUAGUGGUGGGCAACGUGGUCACGCUCACCGUCUUCAUGCAGACAAGACAGGUCCGCACACCACAGGGAUACCUCAAAGUCUCUCUGGCCAUAGCGGACAUGAUGGUUGGAGUGCUGGUGGUUCCUUUCUCUGUCUACACUGAGAUCUCUCUGAUGGUGACCAGCUCCCCUCCUGUCUGGUACCAGGGGGGCACUGACCCCUCCAUGGGGGGCCUGGUGGGACCCUGGCAGCCCUGCAUGCUGAUUGGUCCAGUCUUCGCUGGCUGUACGUUUGUCUCCAUCAGUACUAUUUUCCUGAUGACGGUAGAGCGCUGUGUGGCCAUCUUAUGGCCCCUACAUAAGGACCACCUGGUGACACGGAGACGCACCCUGUUUCUCAUCCUCUUCUCCUGGGCAGGCAGUUACCUUCUGGCCCUAGCCCCCCUCAUCCUCAGCAACAACUUCACACUGGAGUACAGUGAGUGCAGCCGGAUGUGUAACUAUGUCCCCCUGUGGGAUGGAGUCACUCUGCCCUCUGAUGCCAACAUCCUCCUGCUGUUCCCCGUGUUUGACUUUACGCUGCUGGGCGGCACCCUGUUAUUCAACAUCCUGUCCUUCACCAGCAUCCGCCGCUACACACGCAAACGUAAGCUCAUGUCAGAGGGGAAUGUGGGGGUCGAGGGAGGGGGAGGCGGCUGCCAACAUAGACCCUCCUUCUCUGACAUCAAGGCCGCCAAGACGAUCAGCAUUCUGACGUUUGCCUUCACGGCUUCCUUCACCCCCAUCGCUGUGUUUGUGCUGGGCAACGUGGUGGGCUUCACCUGGUGCAACUUCUCCUUUGUAGCCUUCUGGAUCCUGACUGGGAACAGCUGCUGUAAUGUGAUAAUAUACAGCGUGAGAGACCAGCGCUUCAGGAAAGGAGUGACUCUGCUUUUUCAGAGGGAGCACUCACCUUCCCACGGGGAGAAAGGCGGAGCUACCCCCCCCACUCACCUUGUGACUACAACCCCAACCCCACCUCCUUAAACUAUUUUGAAAAGACAACCAGUGCCCUUUUCUUUAACUUUACUAUGGAGAGAGGGAUUUAAUCGGCAUUUAACUUCAGGUAUAAAAAAAAAGCUUCUUUUUUUUUUCACUGUGUCUAAAUAAUGAAACAUAACUGUAGCUACCUUAUGUGGUAUCUAGUAGUUGCCAGCUAUUCCCAGCAUAAUUUAAAUCAUAUGACUCAAGCUGUCUCAUUGGACGAGGUGAGAUAUCUGUGGGGGAUAUCUUAAUAACAUGCACUUUAUCAUAGAGAUGUAAGUAAUGUAUGGUUUUCAUUUGUUUUGUGACAUGUUUUGUGACUGUCCAGAAACAUGUUAAUUUUGCACAAUUUUCUCUAUAAUAGCGUUUAUUUUUUCUAUAAUACCAUUAUAUUCAUGAGGAUGGCGUAAUCAAAUGUGAGUGAAUGAAUUGUGAGAAUGUUUUGAAUCUAAAUGAAGAGAGAUGUUGAUGUUUUGUACAGUUAUGGGCAAUUCGACGGGUCCGUGAUCUGUACUACACAGAAAUGCAUGAUUAUGGAUAUGAAUGUCAUUCUCUUCAAGGUGAUGUAUCCUAAAUAGGUACAGAAAGGUUUACAUAUGCAAUAUCUUCUUUUGCAUAUUUGGGUAUUAUUCUACACACGGGCUAUUAUUUUAAUGAGCUCU